CGCAACAACUCGCGGACGGGUGCACAAUGCACGCGCGGUGAACAAAACAAUCGCAAUGCUGUUUGAGAAUCCUAACGCGAAAUUGUUCCCAGCUUUCAACAUCCCACCGCCAGUUAGGCUCAGCGGUGCGCUUGGAGGCUUGGAGAUGGUGGACGGAGAAUUGGCAGCUCAUGUGCUGAGCGCGCAGGCUGCCGCCCAUGCUGCGGCUACGGCUGCUGCUCAUCAGCAGCAACAACAGAUCGCUGUUCAACAAAUAAUCAGGUGUAACAAUGAGACAGUUCUUCCACCUUCAGAAAACUCGCCGUCAUCGGGCCGGUCAACGCCCGUUGCUACAAACACUGGUACCACAUCACCGUCGCCGAGUAAACUGUUUGUCGGGGGGCUAAGCUGGCAGACCAGCUCUGAGAAGCUCCGGGAAUACUUUGCUAUGUUUGGAGCUGUCACAGAUGUUCUCAUCAUGAAAGAUCCUGUCACACAGCGUUCGCGCGGCUUCGGUUUCAUCACAUUUCAGGAGGCCUCAUCCGUAGACAAAGUCCUCGCCGUGCCGGUGCACACUCUGGACGGGAAACGCAUCGACCCAAAACACGCCACGCCCAAAUCUGCCCCGAAACCGACUAAAACAAAAAAGAUAUUCGUGGGCGGCGUCGGGCAAGACACUUCCGCGGAGGAGGUCCGCGCUUAUUUCUCCCAAUUCGGGCUCGUCGAAGACGCGGUCAUGCUCAUGGACCAGCAGACGAAGCGCCAUCGCGGCUUCGGGUUCGUCACUUUCCAUUCCGAGGAGGCGGUCGAGCGCGUCUGCGACAUUCACUUCCACACGAUUAAGAACAAAAAGGUGGAGUGUAAGCGCGCGCAGCCGAAAGAAGCGGUGGCCGCCACGCCUCUGGCCCUCGGCAAGAGAUUGGUCCUCCGGCCCGGGCGCGGUCUGGUGUACGCGGGCGGCGUGGGCGCCGUGCCCACCGUGGGCGCUCACGCCUACCGCUACGCUCCGUACGCUCUGCCCUCCGGCGCCACCGCGGCCACGGCUCUCGUGGCUCCGCCGGCGCCGGCCCCGGCCCCCGCCCUGCCGCAGUUCGGCGCCGCGUACUCCCUGGCCGGCGUCGACAUGUCGUCCUUCCAGGGCGUCGACUGGAGCGCGAUGUACGGAGUGCCCAUGUACAUCUAAGCCGAUCGAGCGACCCCACCCGCCUUCGUUUAGGUCGCGCUGCGUUUUUUUUUUUUUUCAAAAACGGUUCCUACAAAACUUGCCGAGUCGCGGCUCAGUAGGAUAAGGUUUUCGAGCGAUAAUUGGCCCGACGCGGGACCCGACGCAAAGAUUCGCAUUUUUAUUUGUAAGGCGAAGAUCUCAGUUUUAUUUUAUUAGUUUGAAACUUUUUGUCUUGAAUUCUAUUCGUAUUCGUAGUUUUAGUGCUCGUUUGGCGAUGUUUGAGGAUGGUGAAUCUCGCAACUGUGUAGCGUUCGAGCGGACGUCGCGCGAGGCCGCGGCGGAAGGACCAGUAUUAUUGAACUCCGUGCCAUUGCCACACGUUGUGCCAAAACGUUUUUUUUUUUUAAAUUUCGGAAUGAGACCGGGGCGCGACGAGCUUCCGGCUCGAACGUGAGGACUCUCGACCCAGUAUUGGGGACGGCAUCGCUAAUAUUCGUAUAUAGGUUGCGACCCAUAUUAAAGCCAAGUGACGAUUCAUGAAACGGGAACGUCCCGCCCCGCACCGUGCGUUCCCGUGACGUCGCGCGGCGUCCGCCGUCCGCUCGCCACUUAUACAUAUCUAACAGGAAAAGCAAUCAUUUGUACGCCAUUUUAUGAUGUAGACGACGCUGUUCUGUCGUGAUUUUUGAGAGCCGACAUUGAUUUUUAGGUUAGGUUUGCCAAAUGUGGACGUAAUUGGCACGGUUUGAAUAUGCCGCCUCAGUAUUAUUGAGAAAUUGUAAUAAUAAAAAUGUCGAAGAUUUUCAAAUACUAAUGCUCAAUUUUCCCUAUUAUUUAGAUUAAGCUAUACAAUUUGGCAACUGUUCAAGUUCCUCUGAGUACUUAAUGAAUCUCAAUUAUAACUCAUAUCUUAAAAUUAAGUUUAUUAAGAGGCUAAGAAUCUCAAAAAUCACAACAGGUGACGAUUUAAUCUGAGCGAAUUCCGUUCGUUGGACCGCACAUGCAACGACUUUCGAUUCCAUAUUUAAAUAUACUGUAAAACUUUUGAGGGUAGUACGUACGACAUUUUGGAAAUACCCACAUUUAAAAUUUUUCUUCAAAGUGAGAAAAUCGUUGUGCGUUGUGGUCAAUUGUCAAAUAGCGUCAUAGAUAAGUAACGUGAAUGCAUACUAACACCUGUGUACGACAAUAAUUUGAACAGCCGUAGACAAUGCCUGCCUUUGCCUGCCUCCGACGUGUCCGACAUUACGUGGCCCUUGCCCUAUGCUUAAUUUUUUAAUGGUAAGUAUUUAUUUACGGGUGGAGGGUUUGAGAAAAAAAUCUUAAUUUUUGUGAUUAUAGCGUGUCUCUUUAAAUUUGACGAUGCGCUGGAGUCCAUAGAAGAGGUAGCAUACAUACCAGUUGUGAUUCUAAUUGUAAUUCUGUGUGGUCUUGCCGAGUUUCUUGCCUCUCGAAAUUUAUCCUAAUAUAUCCUAAAAUUCAAUGGAAAUAGUUUUUGUUUAUUUAUUUUUUAAUUUAAUCUGAAAGCAUAUCUUCCCGGACUCCAGUAUAGCGUGUGCGUACUUAAUUUCGUAGCUUAGGUAGUUAGAAUCUAAAACUAAAAGCAAUACUCGAAUAUUUAUAUUCUGUGAUUAGAAAAGUAUUAUAAAAAAGACGAAUUGAUGGUUGUGUUCGUGCAAUUCCUAGUUUUUAAGUCAAAAUCUCCGGGACUUGGUCCUUCCAGUGAUCUUUGAAAACUUAGUAAUUAACCUUGAGAUUGCUUUUCCAUAACGGCAAAUAUUCACCCCCCGACCGGCACAUUUUUCUCUAAAUAUUCAUAAGAUACUUGACAAAUUAUUUGCUAAAAGAGUAGAAUUUCCGAUACAGACUCAAAAUUCAAAGUGGAUAUUUGUCGUAGUGGGUAAAUCUUGCCAGAUUUCUCGGUAUUAAUGUUGGUGACGCCAGGCAGAGGCAGGUGGCGAGAGUAGAGCCAAGUGCAUGCAAAAGCUUUGCCGACCACAUUCCUACAUAGGUCGACUUUCCGUAGCCCUGGUUUGGUUAUCCCGUAACGCGAUGCAAUGUUUUGACAUUGACAGCUCAGUGUGUCACGCAGCGUUACAAUUGGCUCGUUGCAAUGUCGGCAAUCUGGCAAAUCGGGGCUAUCGUUGGUAUAAACGCGUAUAUACCCUUAGCAGUAUUCUUAUUGUAAGUAGGCUAGUUUUUUUCAGAGAUUCGCUCGCAUUUUUUAUGUCGCCCAUAUUGAAAAGUUUAAGAAAAAUUAAAAAAAAAAAACUAAUUCGCCAAAAGUAUCGGACGAUUUUGCGGAAUGUGGGUAGUCGGCAUAAAAGUGUGACGGUAUUUGCUUUGUUGGUUAACACCUUUUGUAUAUUUUUAUUUCUCCCAAACUCUCAGUAUUAAAGUUAUUGUGACGUCGUUGCCCUCCGCGGUGACCCGCUGCGUGACGUGCCAAAGUCCUCACCAGCGGUUCGCCCAAUCAGCUGUACUUAAUUUUUUUUAUACGUACUUAUAGAUAUUUUCUAUCCUUACGGUCGAAUAUUUGAUGGAAAUUUGAGAAACUUUUCGAAGAAUUCGAGCGUAUUUAAAGCGUUUCUGCCACUUUGAAGACGUAAUUAUCUCGUCAGGUAUUGGACCGUUGGGGUGCGGCAACCUCGCAGCCUAACAUAGUUUAUUUAUAUUUUUUUAAAACACUUGUAUUAUUAGUUAGGUAACACUGGACGUGUGAGGUAUGUUAGAUGUAGUUUUAUUUAGUAUGCUCGUACGUAACCUGUAAUUAAGCACUUAGAUUGUGUCAUUACAUACAAUAAUAUUAGAAAUGUGUUUUAUUUCCAUAGAUUUUGGGGGUACACUUUGUAUCACACGAGUGCCGAGGGCAGUGCGUAAAUGCGAAUGCUCGUUUCGAUGGAUGGCCAAAAACGCUCGUCUCAUUCCAAAAUAUUGUCUCUCUGUUGGCUGUUGAUCGACGCGAGCGUUCGUCCAGCGUUUCCUGCGGUUAGUCUUGUGGUUUCGCUUAUGCACGUUGGGUUAGUAGAUUUUUGGCUGCAUAACUUCCAUACGAAGGAGUGGGGUCUCGAUGGCAUGGUAAAUAGUUAUCUUGUGACUAACCUCCUCUGGUCUUUUGGCAUGAAGUCGAGAACAUGCAUCUUCCAGUGUCACUGUCAAUUCUUACAGGCAUUUGCCGCACUUGGUUGUGAACCGUGUUUUUACGGCGGUUAUGAGGGCGUCGUUGGACGUCGUACGCCGCCACUACGUAGACACGUAGCGUAGACCUGUGUAGUGCGCUUCGCUUGAGGCCUACAGCCACAAAACGUAUGGUCAAGGUAUGGUCUGAUGACGCCGAGAGGAUAAGACACGGUGAUCACGCUAAGUUUCUAAAAAACGCAUGCUCUGCACUUUAAGAGGCGAUUUUAUCGGGAGUUGAUUAUACGUUCUGUGCUACUAGUCUUCCGUUAAAUCUGAUUUGCCAAAAACAGGCCAAAAUUGCAUUGCUCAAAAUGGCGGCAAAACAUUGAGCAACUUUACUUUGCCAAAACAGAGUAGAUUAAGAUUAUGACAAUAAUGAAGGUUAAAUUGCCUCAGUUGCCAUAAGACAGAAACAUUCCUUGCUCUAGUCAUUUUAAUUAGUUGGUGGUGAAUUGGACGGAAUCCUACAGUCUCUAUCUUGCUCAACUUCUCGCCUAAACUCAUCUGUCAAGCUUCUGCAGUAGUGAUGUGCCAUUAAGCACGAGCUCUUUGGCAUCUAGGGAUGUCAUUGCUUACGCGACUCCAGUUAUUCUGGACCAAUGUUAAAUAGUAUUCAUUAAGAUUAUAUACAAGUUUUUGAUCAGUAUAAUAAUGUUACAGACAAAAAAUAUCUUAAUUCCGUGUGUUUUCGGCAGAUGCUAGUGGUAGUGUGUAGUGUAGUGAUUUUGAAAAUUUACAUACAUGAUAUAAGUAUAACUUGAAGCAAUAAUUAUGGUUACGCUAAGUGUAUGAUAAGACAUCGUACAACAUCUCACUAACAGGUAUUGCCAGACUUAAAUGCCCUUCAGCAGAAAGUUGGCAACAUUUGUACAGUGGUAGCUCGUAUGCAAACCGGUGUUAGCAACUUGGGACGGCUUAACAUACAUUGAUGAGUUAUUAUACACCUACAAAUUAUUAUAUUUUUGUAUAAUAAGUCGAUGUAUUCAGUAGCGGGUAUUUGUAUUUUGACCUGAAAAUAGUACUAAGGUACUCAGUAGGCGUUCGCCGCUUGAGGCGUGCGGUCGUGUUUGCUUUCAACGAAUAAUUUAAAUUUCUUCCUAAUCUAUAAGACGGCGACGCCGGCAUUCACUGAUAAGUUUCAUCUUUAUAGCUGGAGAUAAGGUACUUAAAAAGGAAAUUUAUAUCUAUAUUAUUAAAUAUUGUCUACUAUUGAUUUAGAAUGUAAUAUUUUUUUAAUCAGUCUGUAGUCAGAGUUCUGUAGUUUGUAGCUAGUUUAAAGUAUUUAUAUGAUUAUAUCUUACUGUUGCAGCGAUCACGUUGCUAAAGAUUUACUUUGACUUGAUGUGGGUACCUGGUGGGAUAACGUAACAGUUUGCGUCGGCGGUUGCUGUAACAAUCUCUUGAGAUAUAGUCCACUGUCAGAUAAAUAUUACCUAGUAUAGUGGCUGUAUGAACAUUCCCUUCUUUAUUUAAAAAGGCAUUUUAUGGUAGACUAAUAAAUAAUUAUAGAAUAGAUGGGCUGUUUCACAGACUGCUAUUAGAAUAAAGUGCAAUAUGAUUUUAUCAUGUAUACUCUGUGGAGGUAGAGGGCGCAAUGGGUUUCAUUUGUAGUCAAAUAUGGUUAAUAAAUAAAUCCUACGCAUGGACUUAGUAACUGAGGGUUCCGUAGUCAAACAGUAAAUACGUGAAUAAUGUAUGGAUGUUCAGAACAGACACUGUCUUCGUAUGACGUUUGACGUUUUUGUAAUUUCCAAAAACUGUAGAUGAACAACGUUCUAAUGACUAUGGAACUUAAGUUUAAAGUAUAAUUCAAUAUGCGAAUGGACAUCAUGGCUCUAAGUAUGCUUUACUGGUAAAUGUUAAUGUAUUCACGAACUGUGUAGUUUUAUUACGUAUAGAGUAAUAGUUGGGAUCGCUAGAGGGUGGGUAGUGGCCGCGCGCCUCCAUCAAAGCCUCUAUAUGGUUCAUCUUCACUUAGACGAUUAUUAGAAAUAAAUGGUAAAAAACACAGUCGUUUUUUCAUUUAUCGCUUUUUCCGUACCUAUUUUACUACGUAGGUAGACGCUUUACCGGAAAACCAUGACCCCCGCCCCCAUAUGUAGUUUAGUAAGGACCAAACUUGCAUGACAGUGGAGGCGGUAGAAGAUUUGCAUGAAACAGGUCCGGCCGGCGGCAGGGACGAACGAAGAAUGAAGAUUGGUGAGCGUCAACGUCAACUGUCAGAUUCGUAUCUACCCUCAGCUGUUAUUUAUGCUUCAUUUUUUGUAUUCCUUUAGUAAAGUGCAUCCCAGUAUUAUAGUGUAGCAAUAGAAAUGGUUUUGGGUGCUGGAUUCUUCGAUACCGUAGCCUAGUUUAGUUUGAAGAUGUGAAUUGGAACCGGUCGCUUAGUUUUCGUUGAGGUAGUGUAGUGUAGCGUUGAAGGCAUAUCAGGUAUCAUGUACCCCGGAGACACAAGAUUGUGCCUUAAUAGAAUGUUUUGUUUUAAAGUUGCUUUCGUUAAAGGCUAGAGUUUUAUAGACGUAGACAAUGGACCAAAUUAGUUUGGAAAUGGAGACAAUAUUUUUUGUACAAUUCUUUUUGAACCGUUGAAAUUGUGAUCAGGGUCUUUACCCAACGAAUUAGAUCAUUCGUAGUGUAAUUUAGAUGAAAAUAUUGUGAUUGACAAAUAAAUGGAGCUAGUACCCCUCUGUAGUACAAAGUAUUUUUAACUAUAUUGAAAGUUGGGACUCGGCGUCUUAAUAUAAUAGACUGAAUAGUCACAUUUGUAUUUUUAACAAUCCCGUUUGGCUGGGAUGCACUAGAAUUGAUUUCAAUCUGUAACCGCACUUGUUUGUAUCUGUUACGGCCGACUGUCACUUUGGCAGUUGUCUAUUACCGCGCGCUUCGACAGUUUAUUUUCUUACUAGAUCUGAACGAGUGCAUUUUUGUUCGAAGUAGUUAAGUAUCUGUGUUUAGUAGAUCCUGUAAAAUUAAUCAGAGUGCCUCGUGUGACAAUAUCAUCACACUCAUUCAAUUCCUCAUUUUUCUUGUAUGUUAAAAACCUGUAUUUUAGAAGGUAUAUGCGAUAUUGUACUAAUAGUUAUACUAGUCGACAUGUUGUUUUUGUAAACAGGCUUACGCGACCUCUUUAAUAACCUAAAAAUUAGAACCGCUUUAAAAAUACACGUGAUCGCUCAACGAAUUUCGGAGGCUAGACUAACUGUAAUAAUUUUCAGGUACCCUCAAAGAGAGGUUGCGUAAGAAUAGUUUAACUGUAAAUAUAGAUAAGAUUGUUAAUUCAAACUGUGUGUAUUUAUACUUACAUAGAAUAGGUCUUUCUCUCUUUAAUAUUUCUGAAAAACAUAGUUUCAUGACAGUAAUUCGGUAAUACUAGGGAUGGGAACGAGUGAAGUUGAACUAAUGUCAAUUGUAUUUUAUUGCAUCGCAAAUUAUUAAAUAGGUGUGGUCUAAAAUAAACAAACAAAAACCAAUUCAACAUAUCUACAGUAAAAUAUAAUGUAAUUUCUUUAUCUUCAAGCUCACUCGUUUCAAGCCAACAUGAUAAAAAGUGCCCCACGAAUUUGUAAAAUUUAUCGUAAUCAAAACUAUCUUUUUAUAUUAGAUGUAGUUUGCGAUUGAAUGUAUAGAUUUUUUACGACAUAUCUCAUAUGGCAACACAAUUUUAAAUUAAUAUUUAAAAGUUUGACUAAAUUCUUAGUGACGUUUUUAUAAAAGUAGUCGUAAACAAUUGAAGUUCAUUUAAAAGUUAUUAAACCAAAACGUGUCACUAAAAAUAAAUAUAUCUAUGCUCAAUGUUAUUAGACUGUGUUGCCAUUAUUGCGAUGGAGCUGCUUUGUGGGAAAUGGUCGAACGGACUCGUAUCCCCGUGAUGUAUAGAGUACAGAACAGUUAUCAUGAUGACAUAUUAAAAACCGUGUUUUGGUAAAAUCUGCAAGUGUUUCCCAAAAGCCGCCUCAUUGUGUAUCUAGUCUGUAGCUAUAGAUAGUUCGGAAUGGACGCAUCUUAUCAAAAUGGUUAUUGAAUAUAUCUGUUUUAA